CCCGAAACACGGAAGUAACUAACGGAAACCCUCCGUUUUGGGCACUCACUAAACGACUGUUAAACAGAUUUGUUUACUUGGCUUUGAGAUGCAACAAGCUGUAAGAUGAUAAUGAGGUGCAUCUACUACGUCUCAGUCAUUCUUGCUUUGACCAUUCGAGCCCAAGGACAAGUUGAACAAGGGGCUCGGAUCGGCGACGAUGUUACCCUCACUUGUACCGGGGUGACUUACGAUGGGCUGAGCCAAUCUUGGAGCAAAGACUCCACCACACUUGUCGCCAUCCAGACUCCUCUGGGGGGCACCACGCCUUCUCCGCCAUUUUACUACGACAGUGACAUCGCCACUGCGGGCCUGGCAAACAGGUUCAUGGCUAGCGGCGAUCUGACGACUGUGACAAUCACAGAUGUGACGGAGGGAGACGACGGAGCGUACCAAUGUGCCUCAGGAAGUUCCUCGUAUACUGUGCAGUUGAUUUCAUACAAGCUACUUUCAGUAGCGGUACAGCCUGAAAGUCCUGUUACUGGAUACGUUGGAGAUACAGUUGACUUCACCUGUACAGCAGACAGCAAACCUGCGGCCAGCUUCAACUGGACAAAACAAGGGGACAGCAACUUCAUGACAACUGGAGCCACCCUGCGGCUCAACGAUUUGAAAACAAACAACACCGGGACCUACGUGUGUACAGCCUACCACCAAUACGCCAGUGAAACCGCCUCUGUACAACUGAAUGUGAGCCCAGCAUCCUUGAAACCGGGACUCAGUACUGGCGCAAUUGUGGGGAUCGUGAUUGGAUCGUUGGCUGGAGUAGCCCUGAUUGUUAUUCCGAUUGUGAUCGUCCUGACGAAACCAAAAAUAUGCUAUAGCUAGCUACCAGAUGCUUUAUGAGUGAACAUUGUACUUUUUUGUAAAAUUACAGCAACUGAGCUAUUAUUUGAUGCAUGUCAAAUAGAGGCCCUGAGGUCUUACGGUUUGGCUGUUUUUCUUUUCCGUGAGGUAAUUCAAUGGCUACCAAAUGAACAACUGUGUAUGUGCCAAUCAUAUUGUACAGAAUCAUUUAUUUUCUCAAUAUGUAUGAGAUUAUUUCCGAGUCCAGUUGGUAAUCAUAGUAUUAUGGACAAACUGUAUCUAUGCAUAUGUAGACCACUUGCGAGUAUAGCUUUAUCUUUGUUGCAAAUCUUGAAUAGAAGUGGCGCAUAAGUGAAAAUAUUUAAUGGUUUAAGAAACAAUUUUUUUUUAAUUGUGAUAUAACGUUAAAUGUGGAAGCCGAUGAUCAUUUAAAUUUUACUUGCUCUCCAGAGUUCUAUUGAAGAAAUCUUUAUUCCUUUCUAUACAACUGUUUCAGAUGUAGAUUUGAAUUGAUAUAUUAUUGUGAAUUGCUUGCCUGGAUAAAGUCUGCUUGAGCAUAUAUGAACUUGAUCGAGGGUGUUUUUGAGAGACUUAAUGUCGUGCCAAAAAAAUUGUUGGCAUCAUAGACAUAGAUUUAGUCAAUAGAUGGCUUACGAAAUGACGUUGCUCUAGUUUAGAAAGAUGCUAAAUCUAUGUAGUUGACAUGGCCUGUUCAUAGGAAAAUCCCA